AUGUCUAUUUUGGUAAGACAGCUGUCCAGCCUCGGCGGAUCAGCAGGACAGGAGCGGCCUCCAGAAGAAGAGAGUGGCAGCGCCGCUCCAGCUAGCCUCGGCGGAUCAGCAGGACAGGAGCGGCCUCCAGAAGAAGAGAGUGGGAGCGCCGCUCCAGCUAGCCUCGGCAGAUCAGCAGGACAGGAGCGGCCUCCAGAAGAAGAGAGUGGGAGCGCCGCUCCAGCUAGCCUCGGCAGAUCAGCAGGACAGGAGCGGCCUCCAGAAGAAGAGAGUGGGAGCACCGCUCCAGCUAGCCUCGGCGGAUCAGCAGGACAGGAGCGGCCUCCAGAAGAAGAGAGUGGGAGCGCCGCUCCAGCUAGCCUCGGCGGAUCAGCAGGACACGAGCGGCCUCCAGAAGAAGAGAGUGGCAGCGCCGCUCCAGCUAGCCUUGGCGGAUCAGCAGGACAGGAGCGGCCUCCAGAAGAAGAGAGUGGGAGGGCCGCUCCAGCUAGCCUCGGCGGAACAGCAGGACAGGAGCGGCCUCCAGAAGAAGAGAGUGGGAGCGCCGCUCCAGCUAGCCUCGGCGGAUCAGCAGGACAGGAGCGGCCUCCAGAAGAAGAGAGUGGGAGCGCCGCUCCAGCUAGCCUCGGCAGAUCAGCAGGACAGGAGCGGCCUCCAGAAGAAGAGAGUGGGAGCACCGCUCCAGCUAGCCUCGGCGGAUCAGCAGGACACGAGCGGCCUCCAGAAGAAGAGAGUGGCAGCGCCGCUCCAGCUAGCCUCGGCGGAUCAGCAGGACAGGAGCGGCCUCCAGAAGAAGAGAGUGGGAGGGCCGCUCCAGCUAGCCUCGGCGGAACAGCAGGACAGGAGCGGCCUCCAGAAGAAGAGAGUGGGAGCGCCGCUCCAGCUAGCCUCGGCGGAUCAGCAGGACAGGAGCGGCCUCCAGAAGAAGAGAGUGGGAGCGCCGCUCCAGCUAGCCUCGGCAGAUCAGCAGGACAGGAGCGGCCUCCAGAAGAAGAGAGUGGGAGCACCGCUCCAGCUAGCCUCGGCGGAUCAGCAGGACAGGAGCGGCCUCCAGAAGAAGAGAGUGGGAGCGCCGCUCCAGCUAGCCUCGGCGGAUCAGCAGGACAGGAGCGGCCUCCAGAAGAAGAGAGUGGCAGCGCCGCUCCAGCUAGCCUCGGCGGAUCAGCAGGACAGGAGCGGCCUCCAGAAGAAGAGAGUGGCAGCGCCGCUCCAGCUAGCCUCGGCGGAUCAGCAGGACAGGAGCGGCCUCCAGAAGAAGAGAGUGGGAGCGCCGCUCCAGCUAGCCUCGGCGGAUCAGCAGGACAGGAGCGGCCUCCAGAAGAAGAGAGUGGGAGCGCCGCUCCAGCUAGCCUCGGCGGAUCAGCAGGACAGGAGCGGCCUCCAGAAGAAGAGAGUGGCAGCGCCGCUCCAGCUAGCCUCGGCGGAUCAGCAGGACAGGAGCGGCCUCCAGAAGAAGAGAGUGGCAGCGCCGCUCCAGCUAGCCUCGGCGGAUCAGCAGGACAGGAGCGGCCUCCAGAAGAAGAGAGUGGGAGCGCCGCUCCAGCUAGCCUCGGCGGAACAGCAGGACAGGAGCGGCCUCCAGAAGAAGAGAGUGGGAGCGCCGCUCCAGCUAGCCUCGGCAGAUCAGCAGGACAGGAGCGGCCUCUAGAAGAAGAGAGUGGGAGCACCGCUCCAGCUAGCCUCGGCGGAUCAGCAGGACAGGAGCGGUCUCCAGAAGAAGAGAGUGGGAGCGCCGCUCCAGCUAGCCUCGGCGGAUCAGCAGGACAGGAGCGGCCUCCAGAAGAAGAGAGUGGCAGCGCCGCUCCAGCUAGCCUCGGCAGAUCAGCAGGACAGGAGCGGCCUCCAGAAGAAGAGAGUGGGAGCGCCGCUCCAGCUAGCCUCGGCGGAACAGCAGGACAGGAGCGGCCUCCAGAAGAAGAGAGUGGGAGCGCCGCUCCAGCUAGCCUCGGCAGAUCAGCAGGACAGGAGCGGCCUCCAGAAGAAGAGAGUGGGAGCACCGCUCCAGCUAGCCUCGGCGGAUCAGCAGGACAGGAGCGGUCUCCAGAAGAAGAGAGUGGGAGCGCCGCUCCAGCUAGCCUCGGCGGAUCAGCAGGACAGGAGCGGCCUCCAGAAGAAGAGAGUGGCAGCGCCGCUCCAGCUAGCCUCGGCAGAUCAGCAGGACAGGAGCGGCCUCCAGAAGAAGAGAGUGGGAGCACCGCUCCAGCUAGCCUCGGCGGAUCAGCAGGACAGGAGCGGUCUCCAGAAGAAGAGAGCCUUAAGCCACUCCACGCAUCAGAAGGACCGGCUUUCAAGGAGGAACCUGACUGCUCUGCAGAACGACUGUGA